ACAGCACACACCCAAGGCACACAGAGCUGCGCUCGGUAGUGAAGUGAAAGCACGCAAUAAAAAUAAAACUACAGAAUAAUAAUAAUAAUAAUAAUGAUAAUAAUAAUUGUGGUGGUACAAGGAUAAAACAAGUGCUACGGGUGUCACAUUUAUUCUUCGACCUUAUAAAAUCAAAAUGUCAAUUUCACCAAGAUUUUAUAUAUAAUUCUGGAUUUUGUAUUCGGUAAAAAAAAAAAGAAAUUGUUAGUAAAAAUAAAUAAAUAAAUGGAUAAAAUAAUACAAGGAAAAUGCUUGUGAAGUAUUCUAUUAUUAUUGGAAUUAUCCUUUUCGUUGAUCCUGUGGCACUGGUUAUCAGAGAAAGUAGUUGUGCACCAUUAAUUCUUUUUAACCGCUACAGAUUACAGUUUCCUGUGUUCAGAUAUAGAGCAGAAAUUAGAGAAACGUGUCAACGUUAUGGAGGACAUUGGUUGGAACGACGUUGCAGCUUAGCACCAGUGUUCAAAAUCGAAAUAGAAUGUUGUCUCUUCGGUUCAAGGAUUCCAGCUUCCCGCUGUAGGAUGUCGAUAUGCGACAGAAAGGGAACGCGACUGACUACCUGGGAAAAUGGGCCGCCAUACAAAGAAAUACACCAAAGACGACAAUACCGACGUAGCAGCAGCAGCAGCAACAGCAGAAGCAGAAGCAGCAGCGUCAGUGGUAUUAGUAGUAGUAGUAGUAGUAGUAGUAAACGACUUUGGCCCAGGAGUUCGAGGCUCUAGUAUAUACAAUGAAGGCUGAAACAGAAAAUAUUAAAUUCACGUAGGAUUUUAAAUGUCAGAUGGCAAAAGAGACAUUUUGGAUUGUCGAUCGGUUCAAUCGCUGCGAGGAAAAGAAUCUUAUAUGGAAGGAAGAGAGGAGAAUGUUCACCUUGAUGUCUGUCAAACCCUUCUUCUCAGCUGAUUGCUAACCCGUACGGAGAGGGACAAGCACAAAAACAUACUUGCAUACACACACACAUGCGCGUACACACACACUCACAAUCACAAUCGAUAUACAUAUAUCAUUUAUCUUUAACUUGUUUCUGUUAUUUGACAGCGAGCAUGCUGGGGCGCCACCUUGAAUAGUUUAUUCAAACAAAUAGAACCCAGUACUUAUUAUUUUUUAAGCUGGUUAUUUAAACUGCCUCGCUUGCCGAACCGCUUGGUUACGGAGUCAUAAACAAACCAACACCAGAUGUCAAGCAAUGGUCGGGUAUAAGCACAAACGCACACAUGCAAACAUAUAUAUAUUUAUAACUAGCUUCCAUACAUUUUCACCCUACCAAAUUUACGCACAAGCCAUUUGUCGGCCUCCUGUGUUACAGUAGAAAAGAUUUGUUCACGGUUCCAUGCAGUGAGACUGAACAAAAAACCUCGUGUUUGCAAAGCAAGCUUUUAAACCACAUAGCGAUGCCUGUGCCUACAGAUUUUUCUAACAGUCAAUUCAAAUGGUACUGUUAAUAAUGGAAACUUUUCAUGAACCAAAGAUAAUUGCCCUAAAACAGUACGAGUAAGUAUUUGAUGGUCAAAAGGCGUAAAAGAGUGAAAUGUACCAGACUCGUUUUUAUGGGUCGGAAAUGAAGUGUAAUCAUGCCACAACAUUCUUUACAUAAAGUGCAAUGUAUGUUGAUUGGAAUAUACAGAGAGUAUAUAUAAAGACUACCUCUAUGCAACCAUAUAACUGCUUAUAAAUUAUCCUUUAAUACCA